AUGGACGCCAUGUUCAGUAACAUGACGUUACAGAACGACCCCAGUCUUUCCAACGGCACCGAAAUCGACCCCGGUCCGAUCCAAAUCUCCUGGCAGGACUACGUCCCUCCCAUCAUCUUUGGCUUCAUUUUCCUGGUGGGGGUUGCCGGGAACUUCCUAGUCAUCUAUGUGGUGGCCCUCUUCAAAAAGAUGCGGACGGUCACCACUUAUUAUCUGGUCAACCUGGCGGUCACUGACCUGGCCUUCCUGCUGUGCUGCGUGCCUUUCACUGCGGUCAACUACGUGACCACGUCCUACGUGUUUGGACAGGCGAUGUGCAAGUUCGUCAACUACCUCAUGCAGGUGACUGUCCAGGCAACCUGCUUGACCCUGGCCUUGCUCAGCCUUGACCGCUACAUUGCCAUAUUGCACCCGAUGCUGUCACUGACCUUCCGCCGGAAAAGAGUGGCCAUCAUCGGCAGUAUCAUCAUCUGGAUCGCCUCGUUCAUCAUGCCUCUACCGACAGCUCUGUACUACCGCCUGGUGACCAUCACAUGGUACGGAGAAAGUCUGAAGAUCUGCCGCCCAGUGUACCCGUCAAAGGCCUGGGAGCGAGGCUACCAGAUCUUCUCGAUACUGUUCCUGUACUUCCUCCCCCUGGCCGUGUGCCUGUUCACGUGCUCAGCCAUCGUCUACCGCCUCUACAACCGGUUCCAGUCAGACACCAACCAGAUGGACACACAGAGGAAAAAGCGGACCAGACGGACUGCGUGUAUGGUGAUCGGAGUGGUGGCCGUGUUCGCAGUCUGUUGGCUCCCAAACCACGUCAUCAACCUCUGGGCUAUGCUGACUGAGGUGAAGGAGAUAACAAACGCCUUGCACUGGAUCAAGGUGACUGCGCUGAUCCUCACCUACACCAAUUCAGCCACCAACCCCUUCAUCUAUGCCAUGGCUAGAGAUGACUUCCGCACCUGCGUCAAGAGCGCCUUCUGUGCCGCCAAGGAGAAGAAACAGCCCGGCCUGGCGCCACGGUCCAAGACGCCUAAAACCACGUCGUCCAGCUCGGGACGUCCUCUGGUGGUACCCGCGAAGCUGAGGAAGAGCCCGGUUCUUGUUUGCGUCGAAGCACAGACAGUUCGUCCGCAUAUCGAAACAGAAACUACUGUGUAA